AUGGGCCGCACCGAUUGGGACCGCAUUUUUUCGGCGGACCCCUCGUCGUUGACUGACGACGAUAUGGAGGCUCUUUAUCCAGCCAUAAUUAGUUGCGACGUUGACGAAAUCAGUGACACCCAUAACCUGCGUACACUGAUGAAACUCUCCCAAGAAAUACUUCAAUACAAAGACAAUCAAGUAGAGUCGUUAUUGUUAGAAUGCGGUGAAUUAAAACAGACCAUUUCUUCUUUGAAACCUGAACCUGCUAAACGCAGAAAGAAAGAAGGGGAUGAUUCAAGACGCGAAAGUACUGAUUUGUCCAAACAUGUAGAAAUGUCAGAGAGCACAGAGUAUGACGAUGCUCUGCAGGGGAAGAAUAAAAAAAUAAAGAUCCUUGUGACAGAAUUAGAGAGCCUCGAGAAUGACAAUUUAAUUUUAAAAGAACGAUUAACGACGUUGACUCGAGAAAUGGAAGACGCGACGGUAAAAAUGAACGAAAUGGCAGAGGAACUCAGUUCCGCUCGAGUUAAGUCCGUGGAAUAUAAAGAAAGUAUAUCCGAAUUGGAACGCGAGAAUUCCGCGCUAGUCGCGCAAGUCGAGGAAAUCACGGCUCAGCAAAUAGACAGAGACAGAGCGAUAGACGAAUUCGGUUCUGCAAUCGACUCUAGAAUUAAUGAGUGGAAGGCGAUAUUGGAUGAAAAAGAUAACGAAAUAUUAAGACUGAAGGAAAAUUUAUCUCAAUCCGUGCUGCAUUCGGUUACUUCAGUUAAGGAACAAAGUAAAUCCGAGAUCAUUCGCUUGAACGAAGAAAUAGAUUGUCGCGACAAAAUUAUAAACGAACUGAAGACGAAAUUGUCCGAAGCUACCGUCGAGAUCAACGAGAGCGCUAGCCUAAUCGAGAAAUUAAAAGCUGACGCAAAGAAGGUGGGAAAGGUCGAUAAGAAAAAAGAGCACAAGGACUUGUUGAAAAAGUUGCAGGACGCGAGCGAACAGAUAUCUAAAUUGCAAACUCAGUUGAACGACGCUGAGGAAGACGCUCAAGCAAGGAGUAGUAAAUUAUGCGAGGUGCUAGCGACUUUAAAGAAGUACGAGGACGAGAACGAAAGCCUGGCCGAGGCGUUGCACGAAAUAAAACAGCUGAAAGACGAUUUGAAAAGUAAAACCGAACACAUCAGGGAACUGAUCGACGUCGUGAACAAAUUAGAGAUGUUAAACUCGUAUCAGGAAAUGGAAAUUAUAACUCUUAGGGAAAAAUUAGGCAUUCCGGAGGACGAGUCAGUGUCGAUCGAGCGCGCGUUAGCUAAACGGAAAGAGCAGGAGAAGAAGCUGCAGGAGUUAUUGCAACAAAACAAAGUGCUCGUCGAGGAGAAUAUUGAAUUAAAAUCGGACAUGAGGGUUUUGAAAUAUAAAUUGAGUAAAACGUCCAAAGAACUUGAUAUCUCGGACAGCAGCAUAGACGGUGCUAGCGAUUUCUUCCAUUCGACCAAAUUAACGGAAUCCGUGUUCAAAUGGCAUUCGAAAGUAAAUAUUUCGGAGGUACAGGAAAAUAUGCAGCUGAUCAUAGACGAGAACGAGGCCCUCAGAAGAGGGAUGCACGAGAUUCUGGACAGUAUUCGUAGCCAAGACGGUAAAAGCGUAGUGGAAAUACAAUCUAGCACGUUAGAGAGGUUGUUAGAGGCGUUAGACGUGAGGCAUUUAGCGGGCUGGUACCACCCUGUAAUGAGAUUGCAGGAGCAUUUGAACGUUGUUCAAGGUAGCAACGCCGAAUUGAGGGGUCAGCUUAAACAACUGAGGAAGGAAUUACAAAAGAAAGAUAAAAUACUGCACGCGUUAGCAUUGAACAAACACGGUGACCUCGACAAAGUUUACACGGAGGAGUCCGACAGCGAGAAAUUGAGCAUGUAUCUGUCCGAAAUGAAAAAUCUGCAAGAGGCGUACAAAAACGAGGCUGACGAAUGGGAGAAGCAGAAGAACUCGUUGAUAGAACGGAACGAUGAGCUUAGCAACGAAAUUGAGAAGUUGAAACUUCGACUGGAGGUUUAUGAGCAGAGCGCGAGGAUACUGGAGGAGGGCGAGGAUGAAAUUCGGAAAGCUUUUGUCGCCAAGACUAAGGAGUUCGUGGAAGCAUCUGGCGAAGCUCUAAUUGCAAAUAGGAAAAAUGUUGCGCUUCAGAAAUUACUAGCCAAAGAAACUGCGAGGGCGUAUCACGACCAAAAAGAGGCAAUCAAGAAUGAGAGUUAUUUGAGAAAAGCGCUAGCCGAUUCCAGCAAGCACAGCAACGUCCUUGAACGUGAGGUCUCAAUAUUACAAAGCAACCUGUUCAAUUCCGUCAGCUCCAGUAUUUAUAACGAACUGAAGGAGAAGCACGAGGAGUUGAGCAUACGAUUCCGCGGUCUGUUAGAGAAUAAUCUGAUAUCUGGGAAUGAGAACGAAAUAGAAAGCUUGAAGAAAGAGUUGGAACUGGCGAGACGAGUGAAAGAUCAGCUCGUGGAGCAUUUACAGAAAGAGACUCGAUUCGAAGACGACGGAGAUGUAAUGGGAAGAUUAAAGGACGCUCAAGCGAGGGAACUUUUGGAGAAACAGCGAGCCGAUCACGUGACUAGUUUGCAUGAGAUCUUGCAGGUGCAGCUGUCGAAAUGCGAGGAGAGUCUCAAGGAAAUCACUGCGGCGAAAUCCGAGUUACAAGAAGAAUUGAUUAUUCUACACAAGAGGCUUUCGAAAGACGUGCACUUCGAAAAAUCGCCACAACUGCGUGAUAACAAGUCGGAACAACUGAACGAUAAGAACGCGAUGCUUCAAACAGAAGUCGAGAAUUUGAAAAAACAAUUAGAAAUCACUCAGGAGGAGGCUCAACGACAUUAUUCGUUGAACUCGUUGAAAACGUUGGAAUUGGACGAUUUGAGGCAUCAGAUAUUAAAUCUACAAGCAGUCAGCGAGGAUAAAGCUACCAUUUCAAGGCUAGACUUUGAGCUGGCUAGUAAAAAUUUAUCAGAAAUGGAAUUGAACGCACAGAAGCUGAGAUUAGAGAAUGAGGUCUCCUGUUUACAGGAGGAACUCGACAAGUCGAGAACAGCUUGCGAAGGAUUGCGUACUUACGUCCAAGAUUGCCGGAGACAAUGUGAAAAUCGUUGCAGAAUGUACGUAGAUAUAAUAAGAUUCUUUCAAAAUCUGUAUUCGGGUUCUACUUCGAUUAGCGCUUUAGACAGAAUAGUCUCGUUGUCGGUUAAAUUGAAGAACGAGCGUCAGAACAUCGAUAGCGAAAUGAAAAAAGCUAAAGAGUACUAUGAAAGCACUAAACAGCAACAGGAAUUGCUAAAUAAUCGUCUGCAGAUCGUCGAAAGCUUAAAAGAUAUCCUGGAGCAACAGAUAGGAAGUAGCAGCGUCGAAGACAUCGUGCAACGUUUCUCGGAAUAUUCGCAGUAUACUUUAAAUGAUUUCAAGUACAAACGGAAGAUAACGCAACUCGAGUACGAGUUGCAAAUCGCUAAUAACAAAUUCAUGGAAUACGAGUCGGCUAUAAAUGAGAUGGAACACGAUAUGAUACAAAUACAGAAGGCCUGGAGUAAAGGCGACCACCAGCAGCGAAGAAUCGACACACGCAGCGCAGCGACGAGCCCCCCAUUAUUAGAAAACAAGCAUGCACCUGUUCAAGCAACGAUAGAAGUGAAAUCAAAAGAAGUACAGACUGAUCCGUACACUUGUUGUUUGGAAAAGAAAGAAACGAGCGAGGUGGAAGUUCAAACGAUCUCUCCAAGGGAACCUGAAGAUCUAAAUAAGAAAACGAAGCAAAAGGACAUGGCAGUAAAAGAAGAAGAUACAGUUUACUCAAAGAAAGAGGUAGAGAAUAUAGGAAAGGCAGAAAGGGACGUGGAUGAGAAGAGCGCCCGAGAAGUGUCACUGCUCCGGGAUCAAUUGAACGAAGCCAUGAAACUCGCUUCUGAACGAUCCUCGACGUUAAUUAAAUACGAGAUGCAAAUGGCAGAGAACCAGGCGAGAGUGGAUUCCUUGAACAGGACUAUAAAAAGCAAGGAUUCAGAAUUGACAGAGAAAGAGAAAUUGCUCGAGGAGUACAAGCUCUCGUCGCAAGGUACCGACUGCGCUGAUAAGCUUGCGUUGAAGUCGUCGAUAAACAGUUUGCAGAAAUUGCUAAAUCAAAAGGAAGAAACCAUAGCUCGGUAUCAGAAUUUAUUGAAGGAAGACAGGGACGAGCAUAGUAAAGCUGCAGCUCGUCUGCAGGAGGAGAUAAGAAGCCUGCAUGCUCGCGUUCAGUCUAUGCAGAGGGAGACUCAAAGAACCGAGCAGAAACGCGAUAACAAGAAAGAGGACAGAUUGAUCGUUAAAUUGCAAGAAACCAGUUCAAGGGUCGAAGAUGUAAGGAAUAGCGCGAUGCAAGUGGAGGAGGUUGCCAGGUUGGAGGAGAAAGUGUCCACUUUGGAGGCAGAUUUGAAUAUUACGAAAGAAUUGAGCGAUCGGUGGCAUCGAUUAGCCGAGGAGCGACUCAAUCACAUGGAUCGCAUGAGGGAGCGAUUGGAGGAACAACAUAAAAGUGAAUUGGAAAGUUAUCGUGGCGAAUGCGCGAAAUGGCAAACCGAGGCGGAAAUGUUGCGCACACAGUUGUCUGAAAAUCGAAUGCUGGUUACGAAAGGGAAUAUGUCGUUGAUGAAAGAGUUACAGGAGAAGGAUGACAAGAUUCAUCAGCUCACUUUGGCUUAUCAGCAGCUACAGAACGAGGUUGAGUUAAUUCAGUCCACAAAUCGAUCGCGAAACGCGAUAACUCAAGGCGAAACCGAAAUUACGAGUCGUGAUCAUACGCAGCGUGUAGAUAGUGUCAGGAAGCAACUGCAAUCGUUAUUGGAAAAAGAGAAGAUGUAUAAGAAUGAGAUAACUGAGUUGAAGCAACAAAUUAGUCGCAGAUACACGGCUGUAAAGUCGCAAGAGAAAAGAGCAUCGCAACGCGAGACUCAGCUCGAACGUAAAGUAAAGUCUCUCGAGGAGGAGUUAGAAAAAGCUCGAGCACAAUUGGACAGAGAGUAUUUAGCACACGAAGCCAAAAGGCUUAAGACAGCGGAAGAACUCGCGUUGUGGGAGAAGCAAAAGAAGUGGCAACAGAUGGCUGAAAGAUUCAAGGAGAAGCUGAAAGAGAAGACGGAUGAGUACACGAAACUGCAAGCCAGCCACGAAAAACUUCGCUCCGUCGUUUCGUGCAUGGAAAGAGAGAAAUGGUAUUUGAAGAGCAAAUUAAAGUUGGAGAACACAAUGGCUGGGAGCUUGUCAGCCAGACCUGUACAGCAGAACGUGAUGGAGGAGCUUCAGAAAGAGUGUCAGAUUCUGCGCGAACGGAUCAAAGAGUUGUCUGAUCGUUUAGAGAACGAGGACAAUGAGAAGCUUUUGCUUAAGGUCGAGGAGCAAAAGAGGCGUAUCGCUGCUUUAGAAAUCGUUUCUCAGGGUAACAGCUACGUUGUUAGUCAACUGGAGAAAUUAGAAAUGACCAAAGAUAUUCUAGAGAAAAUGAAUUUAGCGCUGGAAGCCGAGAACUUCGAGCUACGACUCGAAUUAGAAAAAGCGAAUGGUGACGCACCUAGGUUGCGAGAGAAGGUGGAACAUUUAGAAAAAUAUAUAAAAAUAUUAAAAGAAGAAAAGUCGUCAGAUUGCUCUCCGAUGUCAUCGGAUAAAGAGUCGCGCGAAAACGGUUCAAAAAAGACUACCAUGGAAAUGGAGAAAACAAUUUUCACUUUGAAAAGAAUUAUCGAGAAGCUACAGGUGGAGAAUAAACGUCUUAAGCUUGACUCAAAAAAGAGCUUCGCGCGUCAGGGUGUACUGUCAGGUAGAGAAAAUGAUAGCGCGUUACAAAGACAGUACGAGGACGCUCAGAAGCGAAUCGUGGCGUUAGAAACCGAUUUGCAAUUAGCUGAGCAACGGGUAACCGCGUUAGAAAAGGUUCAAAAGGAGGACGAUAACGCGGAGAUAAAGGUUUUGAGGGAGCAAUUGAGCCACAAGUCCGAACUCCUGGACAAAGUGAAACAUUUAUUAUCGAGAGCAGCCAUAAACGAGAAAAGUCUUCGACAACGUGUACAACAACUAGAGUCCAAGCAGACAUUGUCUACGAUACCAGAAUGCCACGUGACGCCUCCCAGCCUGGAGUAGACAUCGCCUGCAGCAUCCGACCAGCGCGUCCGGAUCGUCGCGACAGGACUCUCGCCGCGCCCAGUACACAUGUAAGUACAAGCAUCUCUUGCUCGGCUCGUGUCUGACCCGAACGUGGCAGAAGAAACCCGGUGAAACCUGGCGAAUCCUGACACGCGUACAGUAUAUACGAUGAGCCUUUAACCCUCUACUGCUUGAGACGUUUCCCUGAUACGUUGACCUAUACUACUUUUCUCAAAAAUUGAACAGCCCGUCUCAUUAAUGAGAACGUAUAAACCAUUGCACGUGCAGUUAUUACGACCUUUAUUAAAAAGGAUUUAAUAAGAUCAAUAGAUUAGAUAGAUAAGUAGAUCAAUAUUGAAAUUAGAAAAAUAUGUGUGCAGUAUUCCUUGCCUGAAUAGCCUAGAAAAUGUAUAUGUUUAUUUCAAAGUAAUAAAUUGUGAUCAAAAUAGUUACUAGUUAAAUUCAAUUAGAAUAUGAAUUAUUGAGCUGCACACUUGGAAAAUACAUGAAAAGGCUUUCAGCUUGCAAAUAUUCUUAAAUGUCCAGUCACAGUUGAUGCUUUGCAGUGCAGAUCAG